GCAAAUCACCACAGUGUGCGGCUCAGCCAUGGCGCACCCUGGCAUCGCUGUCCACCUCACAAAGGAUUCUCCCGUUACUGCAGCUACCCCCGUCCUUCCUUACCGGGAUCAGAAUUACUGGGACCUGAAGCGCCGAUGUCUUCAAGAGAGACGCCACUUCAUCGACCCCGAGUUCAAACCUUGCGCUGAGUCACUUGGAUAUCAUGAGCUGGGCCCCCGAUCGACUGAUAUCCAGGGAGUGGUUUGGAAGAGGCCCAAGGAGAUCUGCAGAUUCCCUAAGUUUGUCCGUGGAGAAAUGAAUCGGAUGGAUGUCUGCCAAGGGCAGAUAGGAGACUGCUGGUUCCUCGCAGCCGCUGCCUCUCUGACUUUGUACCCGCAUCUCCUCUCAAAGGUGGUCCCCGGUGGGCAGAGUUUUCAAGCUGCCGACUAUGCUGGCAUCUUCCACUUCCAGUUCUGGCAGUACGGGCAGUGGGUAGAUGUGGUUGUGGACGACCUGCUGCCGACAAAGGACAACAGGCUACUUUUUGUGCGAACACCCACAGACGAUGAGUUCUGGAUGCCUUUGCUGGAGAAAGCCUAUGCCAAGCUGAAUGGCUCCUACGAGGCUAUGAAUGGCGGAUACAUGAAUGAGGCUUUUGUGGACUUCACGGGUGGGAUUGGGGAGACCAUCCCCUUAAAGACACCCAACCUAAAGCUCUUCAAGACCAUCGAGGCGGUGCUGAACAAGAGCUCUUUGAUGGGCGCAUACAUCAAUGUUACGACCUUCAAUGACAGGGAAGCACAAACGUCACAGGGGCUGGUGAAAGGGCAUGCUUACUCCAUCACUGGAAUCCACAAGCUCUACUUCGACGACAGGCAAGUGAGGCUGUUGCGCCUGCGGAAUCCAUGGGGCCACCGGGAGUGGAAUGGCCGCUGGAGUGACAAUUCACCGUUGUGGGGUGCUGUGGCCCCUGAACUCCGGGAGAAGCUGCACGUGCAAAGAAGGGAUGGAGAAUUUUGGAUGCAGCUCAUUGAUUUCAUACAAUAUUUUGACGUGCUGGAGAUCUGCCAUUUCAAUGCUGAUGCCCCAGGAGAGGGCGUUUCCUCUCGCUGGAACACAGACUGCUUCCAAGGACGCUGGGUCAAAGGUCACAGUGCUGGUGGACGUCAGACCUCCCAACCAUGGGAUCUCUUUUGGAUCAACCCCCAGUUCCAUGUUGCCCUCUUUGAGCCGGAUGAGGCACAGUUAAGGAAGCAGCUGAGAAAGGGACAAGAACACAAGGCCCCCACCUGCACACUUCUGGUCUCCUUGAUGCAGAAGGACCGGCGCAGAAGCAAGAACAGGGGCAAGGACUUUCUGCACAUCAGUUUUCAGAUCUUCCAGAUACCCAGACAGUACCUGCAGCUCAGCAGCGCAGCCCAUAGAAAGGAGAUGCUCCCAGCCCUCCGGCCAGUCUGCCCUCCUUACAACGGGUCUUCGAGGGAUGUCACCGGAUACUUCCAGUUGCCCCCUGGGGACUACCUGAUCAUCCCCAGCACUCUUUCCCCCUUCGAGGAGGCAGAUUUUACCCUCCGCAUCUUCACAGAGAAGAAGCACCAGUUCUUGGAGAUCGAUGAGGAAAUCAGUGUGGAGGGCAAGGUACUGCAGGUAAUGAAAGCACCACAGAUUGGGUCAGACCAAGACCUUGAAGAAAUCUUCUUGAAGUAUGCAGGGCAGGACCAGGAAGUGGGCCCGGCUGAACUCCAGGCUAUUCUGAAUCAGAAUGCAACCAAAAUUCCAUAUCUGAAAAUGGAGGGCUUCACUGUGGAAGAAUGCCAGAGACUCAUCCAGCAUUUUAAUCUGGGCAGCAGGAGUGAUAAGCUGACACUACAGAUGUUUCAGCACUUAUGUGCAAGUCUGCAGGAAUGGGAGCGUAUCUUCAGGAUUUACGACGUGGACAGAUCUGGCACCAUGAACACGCACGAAAUGCGGCUGGCCCUGGAAGCUGCAGGAUUCCACUUAAAUAAGCCGACGAUGGAAGCCUUCAUGAAAAAAUACAGCAAUCCUUGGCUCCAGAUAGACUUCAAGAGAUUUGUGUUCUUCAUGGAGCACCUAAAAAGUGUUUUCUGUAUGUGCAAAAGCCGGGAUACCAGUGGCAGUGGAGUGCUGAACAUGACUGAGAAAGAGUGGAUGGAGCUUGCCACUGACUACUGAUUUACAAGAAGCAACCCAACCACCUUCUCCUCUUUUGAUCAUCUGUGGAGGACUGUAAUCUGCUGUAACUCAGAAGCAUUGAAAGAGAUUUCCACAUUACUUAACCUUCUUAAUUCUGCAAGAAACAUCCACAUUCCGCAAUCAGAAUUAAUCAAGCAGCACUAAAGAAAAGCAGCUACCUUUUUGAUUGU